GUGAUAGUUUUUAGGUUAUUUAAUAAUUGAAACACUACUCAUUUCAUUGUUUGUUUUUAAUUGAUAAGUAUUACCUGGUAUUUAUUAAUUAAAAAUUUAAAUAAUGAAUGCAAUCAGUUUAAAAAUUUCUCAACUACUGAGUAACAAAAUUUUAAACAUAAAUCCUGUAGCUGCUAUGGGAAUAAUUCGUAAUUGUUCAUUUAAAAAUAUUUAUUCUCAAGAAAAUUUAUAUCCUAAUAGUAAAAGUCAACUUUUUACUCCUACUUUUGUUCCAGAUCCAAAUGAAAAAUUCAGCGGUUAUAUUCCAGUUGAAAAAUUAAAAAUAACUUACAGUAGAAGCAGUGGUCCAGGUGGACAAAAUGUUGACAAAUCAAACACUAAAGUUGAUCUACGAUUUAAUGUCAAAGAUGCUACGUGGAUAUCAGAAGAUAUAAAAGAAAAAUUAUUGAUAAAGGAACACAAUAGAAUAAAUAAAGAUGGAUAUUUGGUGAUAAAAUCAGAUUUAACGCGUUACCAAAUUAUGAAUGUUGCUGAUGCUUUAGAAAAACUCAGAGCAAUGAUUCGACGUACAAUCACUCCUGUAAAAGUUGUUGAUCCAGAGUCUGAAGAAUUGCAACGUAAACGAAAAAUUAAAGCCGCUCGGGAACGUAUUUACGAAAAACGAAUGCGAUCUCAAAUUAAAAAAGAUCGCAAUGUUAAUCUGGAUUAAUUAUAAAAUACUUUAUUAUGUUUAAUUUUAAUUUUAUGAUUAUUAUAAUUAAUAAAAUUAAUCUGUGUAAAUAA